AUGGGCACCUGCCAAUCGGAUAAUCAAUAUUAAAACGAAAGUUAACCACAAUCAGAAGAAGAGCAUGUUGAAACUGAGCAAAUGCAAUAUGUAGUCUUAGCUAGUUGGAAACAUGAUUAACAAAAUGGAUCCAAUAAGCCUAAUCAUAUAGUCUUUGGAAAAUAGAAUGCUGACUAUUUGCAAAGCCAUAAUCAAUUUCAAAUUAAUUAAGGAUCAGUUCAAAAUUCUAGGAUUGCUGCUUCAUCAAAUCAAACCAAUGUUUCCAACAUAUAAAAUAUUAUAUCUAAACCUUUAUUUUAAACUGAAUAGAAAUAGAGAUUUUCAGCAUUCAGUGGAUAUUCAUAAACUGAUAGAACUGCAGGUUUAUCCAAAGAUCAAGACAUCUAGAGAAGACCAAUCAACAUAGCAAAAAGAAACAUAUUUUGA